AAAAAAAAGAGGGGGGGAGAAAAAAAAUGGAAACAAAGCACGUGUCAGUCUUUUCAUCUCAGUUUCAUAAAAAGUAGGGUUUGUAAAUCCAGGUAGUUGGUAUCAAAUUCAAUUAACUUCAAGAAAAAUGAACACUCUUUCUAGUUAUUAAAAUUGAGUUUCUAUGCACAGUCUAAGAGCCCUUAUAUUUGAUAGAAAUACCAUGCAUCUACUUUUGAAUAAGCUUCAGAAAAAGAAUGUGGUAUAAAAAGAAAACCUUGCACAAACAAAAUAAAUAUUUAUGAGUCUCUCAGAAUUUAUAUUAAGAAAAAUGGUAUGAAUUUUAUAGCAAAGACAUAAAACAGAAUAGUCAGAGAUAGUUUGGAUUACCACUCCCUCAAAAAAACCUUUAUUCUGCUAUGCAUCAUUGACCUUUGUCAGUUGCAUAUAGUGUCAUUGGUUUUACUAACUAUAUAGCAUAGAGAAUACCAGCACAGCCUGCUGAGAGUAGAAUACCAAAAUAUGUUAGGAGUUGCUGUAGUCACAUGAAAAGUAUCCACACUGCUGUUAAGAAUGUUACAGACAUUGCUGUAGAGUGACUGAAGUGGACAAAUCUUAUUUUAAAUGAGUUUUGCUGUAGCUUGAAAAUAAUGACUGUUCAAUGUUAGAAUACUCAGAUUAUUAUUAUUAUUAUUUUAAAAGUUUUAACAGUAUUCCUCCCAUGUUAAAAAAUAAAUAAAUAAAUCAAAAACCCCAGAAAACAACAGAAAACAAACCCAAAAAACACCAUCAUCUGGUAAUUAAAUGAUGGUAGUAUUCUCAAAGGUACACAAUUCUUCUAAAUGUAGGAUUUCUGCCAAGACUGUCUUGGGCGUCUUAGAUAGCUUUGUAGAUGCUGUUUGCCAAGCUGAUGUGAUUAUUCUCUCACUGUUUCAUUAAUUUGAUGUGUGAGAAAUAAAUAUUUGCUGUGCAAUUAACCGGAGAUUAUUAUGGUCUAAUGGAACUCCUUCAUACAAACAGAUGUUCACCUUUUAGAUGCAUAGAAAGUACAUCAGCACUUGAUAAAUAGAAUGAAGCUGUGGGGAAAAUAUUGUGAAAGGCAUUUAAUUGGUGAACAAAACUGAUGCUCGUGUAAUAGUUUUGGAUUCACUUAAUUGUAGUGAACAACAACAAACAACAAAAAAACAGUUACCAUAUGUGCAAAUAUGAUAUUUUCCAAAGCCAUGGAAAUUGUUACUAAAGGUACAAUAAACAAAUGUUUUUUUUGUUUGUUUGUUUUUUUUAACAAAAAUACUUGCUCCUUUUCUCGGUCGCACAUAUGUAUCUUAUACAUACAAUAUUUUAUACUAGUAGAUACAUUUCUUUAUAUUUCAUAAAACAGGAUGUGAAAAAAGACACUAAAAAUUAUCAGGUGAAAAUUAACUAGGAAUCAUAGUCUAUCUCUUAAAUUCUGCACGUAUUCUGUAUUCAUGCUUGCUAACACCACUCGUUCAAGACUUCCUAUGGAACAAUCUCUGUAGAAUAAUUGAACAUUGCUUGAGGAACCAACCAAGGAGAAAAAACAUGCAAUUCAAGAAAAAAUAAAGAUAGAAUACAGGUAGAAUAGAUUUUUUUUUUUUCAAUAGCAUGGAACUUUUACAACAUAAAUAUAAAUACGUAAAUUUAAAUCCAAGCCUGUAUCCGUAUAGAUAUGAAGAAUAAAAUGAGUCAAAAAGAAAAUGUGUUCCCAGUUCAAAAAGGGUGCAAUAUGGUUUUUUAAUAUCUUAUUUCUGAAACUUAUUUAAAUAUUCCUUUUUUUAAAUUGUUACUGUUGUUUUGAUUUUUUUUUUUAAACACCAGCCAAUAUUAUAGGAAGUUCCUUGAGAGUCUGUAGAUGCAAGAACAGAUUUUCCUUAAGACAGAAAAGUAAAUUCAAAUUGCAGCCAAAAACAAGAUACAAAAGAUAAAAAGCCUCAUGAUUCUUGAGAAUCACUUUAAUUGCUUUUGUAUGGAGAUUCACUUGUUAGUUCUGUGAGAUAAUUUAAAAUACCAAGUUAUAUUAAAAUACUGAAGUAUGUAAUGAAUAGGCUCUGAACUUUGAUCUUAAGGUUCCAGUUGAUACACAUACUUUAAUAUCAAUUUUGUUAUCAGUGUUCUUCAAUAUUUCUAUGAAAUUAAAUUGAAAGUAAAUAAAUGCAUUAGAGAAACAUUCGGGCUUUAAAGGUCAUCAUUCAAAAGACAAACCUCACAAAACUUUAAGAUAGCACAUUGUAAACUAGAGAAAGGAAAAGUGUAUAAUUCCAUUCUCACUGCUCAAAAAGUAAACUCGUUUUUCAUUAAUUCUGCAGUGACUAUCUUGUGUCCAGAAGGAUUAACUAGAUCAAGAAAUGCAUGUGUGUUAAUUUAGUUAGAUCUAUAGCAUGCAGAAAGUUUAAGCAAAAGCUUCUGCUUUGUAAACAUUGUAGGAGUCUAGAAAGGUGGCAAGUAUCUAUUUUUUAUACAAUGCACAUCUAAUAAGUGAUAGAUUAGGUUUGUUCUGUAAUGUGUCUAAUGAAUAAAUGGCAAAUAUGAAUUCUGAGAUGAAAGCAUGAAAAUAGAGAAAGAAAAUAGAUGAAUAAUAGACCAGUAAGGGGAAAAAAUACUCACUGAACGUUCUCACAACAUUAGGGCCACAAAGAAACUCAGAGGGCUGGAGCACCUCUCCUAUGCAAAGGUUGAGGGAAUUGGGUCUAUUUAGCUUGGGGAAGAGAAGAUUCUGGGGAAUUAGCAGCCAUCUGGUAUUUGAGGGGAGCUUAUAAGAAGGAGAGAAACAGACAGGAACAAUGGGGGAAUGGUUUUAAACUUAAAAAAAGGGAUAUUUAGGUGAGAUGUUUGGAAGAAAUUUUUAAUCAGAGGGUGGUGAGAUGCUGGCACAGCUGCCUAGGGAAGCUGUGGUGCCCCAUCCCUGGAGGUGAUCAAGGCCAUGUUUGAUGGGGCUCUGGGCAGCUGAGCUGGUGGGGGGCGGCCGUAUUCAUGGCAGGGGAUUGGAAAUAGGUAAACUUUAAGGUCCCUUCCAAGCUAAGUCUUUCUAUGAUUCUAUGAAUAGAGAAGAUGUUCAGCACAAUAGCCUGCUUAUCACAUGCCUUUUCUUGUAAAUUCUCAUAUUACCAGCCAUGAGAGAUUCUUCCAGAAAUCUCUCCUUAAACAAUAGCAGAGAACACAAUUAAAUGACAGACUUUUAUCCAAAGGUAUUUAUGGGCAUAUUAUGCUAUUUCCCAAAUACUUCCAAUGGGUAAUUUCAUAGUACAGGGAAGGAAAUCUAAACAGAAAAUUAGUCCUGGAUCUCAACAUCAGAGGUGUCACAAAUUACAAGGCAACUCAUAAUGGUUGCUGUACUUCUUCUACUUAAAAAUACUGGUAGUAUUCGAGCAAGACUUAUGUUUCAACUCCAAGUACUCAUAACUCUUUUUUCCUUGGCACUUUUUUGGUGUUGCUCUGGGUGUCUGCACACUCUGGUAUUUUCUGUGACACACAUGAACUGAGUGUGAGCAUUCAGAGCUUCUCAGUGAGCAGCUCCCAAGGAGCAUUUCCUUUCCUGGCAUUAAGCUUCUCUGAUCUCUACCCUGAGCUGAGAUUAUCUACAGCAUCACAACUAGGUCUAGAGAUGUCAGAAGCACUAAGGAGAAAGACUGCUGGUAGCUGCUCUUGAGAAGUGACAGAGGAGCAACUUCUUCCAUCAAAAAUGAUAUUGCAGUAAGGGAUCUUCAAUAGCCAGCAGCAGGCAGCAGUAUUUCUACCAGGGUUUUUUGGCUCUUUGUGAGAGUGGCACAUUUGGUUUUGAUCACGCAUCUGAAAAAAGUCAGAAAGAGCAGUAGGCCUGAACACAGCGAAAGUUUCAGCAGUGAGCAAGAAAACUUGAUUCAGUCUUCUCUAUAAAGACUCACAAACUUGGCUUAACCUCUACAUUAAGCCAACGUGAUAACAUCUUAUUGUAGCUUCUCCAGAAUCAGAAUCUCACUUAGAGACAAUUGGCAGAGCAUACAGUAUUCUCACAGCAACUGUUAUAAAUGAUGCAGUGUAAGUACAAGGAUGUGGAGAGCUUAGAGGGAACCUGUGCCUGAAACACUUCUUUCUGCCAAGGGUAAACUUGUGCAAGAAUUUGCUAUGGCUGUUGCCACAAAAUGUUACAGUUUAUUACCAGAAUGUCUUCACUGAUAAAAAGUCUUUUAGAUAAAGUUCAGACAAUAUAUUGAUGUUAGGAAAUAUAACACAGUUCCCUUUGUAACAAUAUUCUGCCACACAAGACAAUGCAAGAUUUUGUGACAGAGCCUGUUAUGAUGAAGUAGCCACAAAACCAAUACUUCAUCUUAAGGAAAGAUAAAUCUUUGGUGUCUUUUUAAGUAAACCUAUCCUGCCAACUCUAAAAACAGAUAGUCUAUUUAGAGGUUCAAAGGAAUACUUACUCAUUUAGGGCCACAUGGAGGCCAUGUGGUUUCCUUGGUUAGAAAGGUGUUUCUUUUGAGGAUUUCAGGGACAUGUCUGUUUACUUUCUGUUUAAAGUUGUUACCAUGGGGAUCUAUGUACCUCUCAUAUCUCAACUGCUACUAGUAAUAAAACAAUAGCUGGGGGCGGACUGUUAACUGAAUAAGGUUAUAACAGACAGUACUAGAAAACAUUGGGGUUGUUGCAGUGAUGAUCUGUAUGGGAACUAUUGUUCACGGCCUGAAUCUCUGAUUGACCACCCGAGGCAAGCAAUGAGUCAGCCACAGGAGCACAGGUGAAGGCAAUUCAUCUGUGCUACCAGAAGGAGUGGAGCCUGGCUCCACCUCUCCUAGACCCAAUUAAGUGCUGAUUGCCACCAAGGAAGGAUCUCUUUCUGGAGAUUGCUCCUUGUGGAGUUUUACUGUGAGCUUACAACAUCUGAUUUAUAAUCAUCAGAAGUAUCUUUGCCUCAGUUUCUGAAGCACAAAGAUGUUGAUGCUACCAGCAAUUAUCUGUUGAUGGAAAACAUAUGUGUGCUCAUCACAGACAGAAGAGAGAUCCUGCAAGAGAGAUAAAUACAAUCAGCACAUCACAUUUUCCAUUCAUCGUUACCCUUCAAGACUCUGCUAGCAGUGGGCCAGAACUCUUGGUUUUGCAAUACCCCGAAGAUGCCAGUGUGCUUCUUAACUCCACUGUGUGGAUGUUCUGUGUCUUUGAAUACCCCAAGGAGGAGAAUGAGGAGCCAGUUGUGUACUGGAGGAAGGGCCCCAGCUGUGACAACCAGCAGAGUCUUCGGUCAAGUUCAGGAGCAGGAAGGCCACGCGUACACAUUACCAAGGACAUAUUCAGGGGAUUCUCUAUCUUAAAACUGAGCAAUGUUGACAAGAAUGACAGCAACUCAUAUUUCUGUGAUGUGAUACUAACCCAGAAAACCCAUGGCAAAUGUGGAAACGGAACCAAGCUGACAGUGCACGAUUUCACGUGCAAAAACUGUGUAAGAUCAGAACCCACCUGGUGGUGUUGGUUCCUUCUUCUCGGAUACACUCUCUUUGUCACCACAGUUAUCAUAGCUUUUGGUAUUCAUCACUGCUGUAAAAAGUGGAAGAACGAUACAAGAAAUACAGAUAGCAGCACUACCCUGCCAAGUGAAUGGAUUUAUGAGAAGCCACCCAAACCUGUUAAUAAUGGGUCUAACCAAGAAUAUGAAGAUAUGUCACUAAUAAGAACUUUCAGUCACAUUGAGAGGAAAGUGAUAUGAAAAACAAGCCUCACAGUUGUAACUGUAAUGCUAUGAGCACGUGAAUGAUGUGUACUCCUUCAGGAUACAGAAGAAACAUACACACAAGUCAUUCUGUGAACUUGGAAUCUUCUUUGUUCAAGAUGUUUUCAUCUAUUCAUGUAUUUACUUCAAAACUAAUGAAAUCAAUUCUCUAUGCAGCUACAAAUGCAAUGAUAUUUAGAGUGCACAGCUACCACAAAAACAGUGAUAGAGCUGUUAAUAUAUUAAUAUUUCAAUGCCAAGAAAGCUGAUCAUGUAUGCUGAUAUAUUUCUUUUUCCAUUUCAAACUCAAGGACAUGUAGAAUUUUGUUUUUAUCUGAGUUAAGACAGCUUCUUUGCUUCAUCAAAGCAACAGCAAAUUCUGUACUACAGUACCUGUCUGUUGCUGAGAUAAAUUUUAAAAAAAGAUUUUGUCAUAGAGGAGUUUCUCCUGAUGUACUGCCUGACCUUAUUUCCAGCUCCUUAUCCUGCCCUCAUAUUUAUACAUCCCUGCAACUACUUCUACUUUUGGCUGUGUAGCCAGCUAUGCUACUGGUAUAAUGCACAUUUGUACAUGCCUCUCUCAAAAGAAUGAAAAUACUGAAUAUGUUUUUAAUAGUUACAAUUUCUGAAGAAAACAUAAUAAUUACUGAUGAAGAGCUUGACUUUGUUGUUCUCCUUCUGGCAUAUCUAACACAGUGUAAGCUAUUUGGAUUAAAAAUAUCUUUAAAAGUUGUUUUAAAGUACUUAGGAUGCUUUUAGAGUCCAUGUAAACAGCAACAAUAGAAUUAAACUUCAUAGAAAGAGCUUACCAUAAUUUGCAUGAUAAUUAAGUGCUCAGAGAAAGUUGUGCCUUGGAAUAGUUAUGUACAUGUGACUUGAGAGAAGUUAAUACUUUAACAAACUCUAUUUGAGUAACUGAAUUUUUCUUUUUUCCACAAAUGAUUAAAUAUUACAAGCUAA